AUGGAGUCAGCCGCGGCCGCGCUGCACUGCAGCGUGCGCAGACCAAUCGCAUCCCCGCGCAGCAGCAGCGCCCAUCUUCUGUCUGCGGAGGUGAUUAAAGCCCAGAGACCUAAACUCCAAAACCCCGACCCGCGGUGCUGUGCAGCCCUGAUGAGUGGGACCUGCCGGCGGAUCGGCGUCAACAUGGAGCUGUCUGCGGUCGGGGAGAGGGUGUUCGCGGCCGAGUCUAUCAUAAAGAGGAGGAUCAGAAAGGGUCGCGUUGAGUACCUCGUCAAGUGGAAAGGCUGGUCUCCUAAAUACAGUACGUGGGAACCAGAGGAGAAUAUCCUGGACGCGCGAUUGCUGGCCUCUUUUGAGCAGAGGGAGCGUGAGAGAGAGCUGCACGGGCCCAAGAAGAGGGGACCAAAACCGAAGACGUUUCCCCACAAGGCCCAGACUACAGAAGUCAGGUCAUAUGACUUCAGAAGUGACACAGUCAGAGGGGUGUCGUUCCCCUGUGCAGAGCCAGUGGUCACUCCCAGGGCCAGAGAGGGCCUCAGGGCUGUGGUUCCCACCAUUUUUCCUCCCAGCACUGUCAAUCGAGGAGAGAGCUUCCUCAUCCAGGAGCUGGCCUUGCAGCACUCGCCCUCACACUCCAUCUGUGACAUCAGUGUCCCCAAAAGGAAAGGCCCAAAGCCGAAGAUACUCACUCUACAUUCUGCUGAGUCCACCAAGAGAAGAGCAGCGGAGCACAUGGAGCAGGAGACUUGUAAAGCACCCAAACUCCAGAGCACAGGAGAGCGCUCUGUCUGCCCGGACACACACAGACCCUCACACCCUCACACAGUCUCUCACACAGACCCUCACACAGUCUCUCACACAGACCCUCACACAGACUCUCUCACAGACUCGGAGCUGAGCAGAGCCCUGAGCUCCUGUAAACACCUCAGACCUGUGCCUCCCCCUCACAAAGCUCCAGUGAAGAAGCCUUUCUUCUUGGAGCGCUCGUCCCCGGUGCCUCUCAGUGACUGUGCUGAAGUGUCAUGGAGGCCUUCUCUGCUGACCAUGCAGAACGUGCUGGUCACAGACGUCACCACCAACCUCCUGACGGUCACAAUCAAAGAGAGCAGCACCUCUAAAGGCUUCUUCAAGGACAAGAGAUGA